ACUCCUCGCUCUGUCUGUUCAGCGCAGUGUUAUCACACACGGUCGGAUGUGACGCAGCGUGUUUUCCUGUGCGCUGUUUUCUAGUUGGAGCUGCUCAGAGAGGAGAGUGUGUGGAAAAUGGCUGACGGAGUGGAUCACAUCGACAUAUACGCUGAUGUGGGCGAAGAAUUUAACCAGGAAGCUGAAUAUGGUGGCCAUGAUCAGAUAGAUCUGUAUGAUGAUGUCAUCUCUCCAUCUGCAAACAAUGGAGAUGCUCCAGAGGACCGGGAAUACAUGGAUUCCCACCCGACUGCUGGAGGAGACGACGGGGGUAAAGGAUCCUCCUCAAAUGUUGUCUAUACAUACACUGGGAAGAGGAUUGCCCUCUAUAUCGGGAAUCUCACCUGGUGGACAACUGAUGAAGACUUGACAGAUGCCAUUCAGUCUGUUGGAAUAAAUGAUGUUUUGGAGAUUAAGUUCUUUGAAAAUCGGGCUAAUGGCCAGUCAAAGGGGUUCGCCCUUAUUUGUGUCGGAUCCGAGGCGUCCUCCAGGAAACUGAUAGACCUGCUUUCCAAGAGGGAACUUCAUGGACAGAACCCUAUCAUCACGCCAUGCAACAAACAGUCACUGAGUCAGUUUGAAAUGCAAUCCAGAAAAAGUACACAGUCAGGACAGAUGUCUGGUGAAGGCAAAGCUGGCCCCCCAGGAGUUAAUUCCCGUGGAGGAUUCACCCUGGGCAGAGGGCGAGGGCGCUUCCCAGGGCCUCCUGGUCCUGGUGGGGACAGGUUCCCAGGGCCUGGUGGACCAGGAGGGCCGCCCCCACCUUUCCCAGGAUCUGGGCUGAGACUACCUGAACUCAUUUCACAUAGGCUCCAGGACAGCCAUCUGAUGGAAAUGAGUUUCAAUUGCUUCCAACCUGGGCGGGAUUCGAACUGGCGACCCAGAGGAGCAAUGCAAGGACCACCUCGCCCCCCUCUCGGCCCUCCUGGUCCACCAGGGCACCCCGGGCCACCCCCACCUGGGCAGAAUAUGCUACCGCCCCUCUCGGGGCCCCCAAACCGUGGUGAUCGUCCUCCACCACCAGUCAUGUUCCCUGGACAGCCGUUCGGGCAGCCCCCCAUGGGUCCCCUCCCUCCCGGCCCCCCUCCCCCAGUCCCUGGCUACGGACUGCCUCCUGGCCCCCCUCCCCCACAGCAGGGUCCUCCCCCACCCCCUGGACCAUUCCCUCCCCGUCCGCCAGGCCCCAUCGGGCCUCCCAUUGCCAUGGCCCCACCACCACACCUCUCUGGGCCCCCUCCAGGGGCUCCUCCACCAGCACCCCAUGUCAACCCUGCAUUCUUCCCGCCCCCUAACAACAGCGGCAUGACCUCCUCCGACAGCCGGGGCCCUCCUCCAGAUCCUUAUGGACGCCCGCCACCUUAUGACAGAGGGGACUAUGGUCCAGCUGGCAGUAAUCCGCGACCCUCGCUAAUCUGCGGGUACGACCUUGGAUCCCGAGACCCGUGGAUAAACGAGGGGGUGGUGAAUCUGAAAAAUGGCGACCAGAACUUGCGCGAGUCAAGUGAUUCAGGGGAAAUGGAUGCCGCACGAACUCCAUUGAGCGAAGCAGAGUUUGAAGAAAUAAUGAACCGGAAUCGAGCAAUCUCCAGCAGUGCCAUAUCUAGGGCUGUGUCCGAUGCCAGUGCAGCUGACUAUGGGAGUGCUAUAGAGACGUUGGUAACUGCUAUUUCUUUAAUUAAGCAGUCCAAAGUAUCGGCCGAUGACCGCUGUAAAGUGCUGAUCAGUUCUUUACAGGACUGUCUGCAUGGAAUUGAGUCCAAGUCCUACGGCUCUGGCUCCAGCCUUUCAGGAGAGUCACGCUCUGGUGUUCCUUUUAGAAGAAGGGAGAGGUCCAGGGAGAGGGAUCACAGCCGCUCGCGGGAGAAGAGCAGGCGCCACAAGUCACGCAGCCGCGACAGACAUGAAGACUACUACCGGGAAAGAAGCCGGGACCGCGAGAGGCACAGGGAGCGGGACCGAGACCGAGAGCGUGACAGGGAGAGGGAAUACCGUCACCGCUAGGAAAGCUGAAGGAAGAGGAAGGCUCAACGAGUCAGGAGGGGCCCUUCACGGAAAGACUGUCCUUGUCCGUUUAUUCUUCUCAUGGAUGGAUUGGACUUCACAAUCAAGGAUGUGUAAAAACAGAGCGACAGUAGAGUAAAGCAAACCUACACUCAUGGUAACCAAUGGCUCUUUUAUUUUAUUUUUAUGUUGCUUUAAAAGUUUUAUUUGUUAAACAACCUGUGUGAUUUAAAAGUUUCUUCAUUGCAAAAAUAAAAAGAAAUUGCCUGUUCUCUCUCUCUCCAAAACGUUUUGACAGAUAUGUAAUGUGUAAGCAAUUUAAUUGUCAAUAGAAGCUUUGUUUUUAUAGUUUUCUUGUUGCAGAAUGUGUUCCCUGUUCUGAUAAUGUCUGUAAACGUCACAGCUUUGAUAAUUAAAUAUAGAUUUAGGGUUGUAAUAAACUGUUUACUGGG